AUGCUCCUACCAAAUCUCGUAACCCUCCGCUACCCAACUACCGCCGAGCUAGGCCCCGAAGACAUCCUCAGCAACACAUUAAGUUCUCUGUACCCGGACGACCUCGUGAUCCAGCAUGGCGAUGACCAGGACACACUCGUAGUGUAUCACAACAGGGCUCACGGACAUCUCGAGUUCCACACGGCCGAUGUGAAUGGCGAGGAGCAAAGGAGGAAAUUUGCGCAUUACGUUUGGAAUGCGAGUGUGCUGAUGGGGGAGCUUAUUGGUGGGAAGAAGGGGGAGCAGAGGUUAGAGAAGAAUUGGAGAAUUGAUGGAGAGACGGUGCUGGAGCUUGGUGCAGGAGCUGGAUUGGCGGGGAUAGUAAGCUUGCUCUCGGGCGCGAAAGAGGUCACAUUCACAGACUAUCCCGCGCCGCCCAUCAUUGAGACAAUCAGGAAAAACGUCGCGAAGAACGUACCAGAUCAUCUCAAAGCUAACAUCUCGGUCGAAGGACACCAAUGGGGCGAGUUGGACGGACCCUUCGCAAUGGCCAAUGCCCACAAGUACACCCGAAUACUCGCUGCGGAUUGCCUGUGGAUGCCCUGGGAGCAUGAGACUCUGGCUCGCUCGAUGCUACAUUUCCUAUCGGAUUCGCCGGAUGCCAGGAUAUUUUGCAUUGCAGGCUUUCAUACCGGCCGCGCGAAGAUGGCGCCGUUCUACGAAGAAGUCGUCCCCUCUGCUGGCUUGGAGGUGGAGGAAAUCUAUGAGAUGGAUGCCAGGGGAAGGAGGCGGUCGUGGAAGAGGGAGCGUGAUGGUGGGAAUGAGAACGUCGGAGAGCGGAAGAAAUGGCUCUCUGUUGCAAGACUGCGGCGUGCUGUCAGGCAAUAG